AUGUCAAAGAGAAAAUCAAAACAAAAGAUUGAAGAGUUGGAUGAAGAAGAUGAUGAUGAUGUUAAUAUUGAAGAGGAUGAUAUUUUAGAUGAUGAAGAUGAUGAAAAUGAAGAUGAUGAUGAUGAUUUAGAUACAAAUAACAACAAUAAUAAUAACAAUGAUGAUGAUGAUGGUUAUUAUGAUGAUGAAGAUGAUGAUGAUGAAAUGGUAGAUGACGAUGAAGAUGAUGCGGAAUCAGGAAGUCGGAGAUUAACAUCAAGACAAAGAGAUUUAAAGAGAACCGGUGGUACAGGACCAUCUUUAGCUGCAAUUCCUGAUUUAUUUGGUAAAUCAUCCGAAAAGAAAGAAUUAACAGAGGAAAAACUACAGAGAAAACAUGAACUAGCACAACAAAGAAGAAUCAAAAAGAUAUCAGAGACCGAAGCAGAGAUGAGAGAUGUAGUAAAUCAACUGUUAAAUCGUAAAGAAAAAGUAGAAACAAAAGAACUUAUUUCAAAACCAACUAAACGUGAAAUGCUUUUAAAAUCGAUGGGAGAUGUAAUUGAGUUUCAUGACGGCGAGAAUAAAUCUAAAACAGUAACAUUCCCAGAAUCAUAUUACGCCGAUAAUGUCGAUUUUCUUAAACCUUUAAAUCAUUCACCGGUAACAAAGCAACAACCAAUGCGAUGUUCUGCCCCCGGUUGUAAUAAUAUCAAGCGAUACAGUUGUCCUAGUAAUGGCAAACCUGUUUGUACAUUAGAGUGCUGGAAUAAAGUUAAUAACACUUAUAUGAUUAAAAUCAAUAUUCUAAUGAUAACUAUACAAUUACAAUCACAACCACAAUUUAUUGCAGCUGCAAUGUAA